AUGUCCGCCGACCGCGUGCGCGCCGGACUCCCGCGCGUGGUCGACGUGACGUGGCGCGUCGACGUCACGCUGUGCACCUCGGACGCGCGCGAGGUGAUGCGUCCGAGCGUGACCUUACGCCUGCGGUUGGACGAUGGGAGCGAAAAGACGUUUGAGUGUGGCUUAGAAAAGUUCCAUCAACUGCGCGAGGCGACGGCGACGAUGCUGAACGAGAUGGAAUGGGCGUCGAGGGACGUUGCGGCGGUGAAAGAGAUCGGCGCUCGGGCGCAGGCGCGGUGGGAUAAGGUGAAGGCGGAGGCGAACGCGAGCGGUGGGUGA